CAUAAAUGAAACAUGGAUAAUCAAACCACAGUGCCUUAUUUUCUACUCCUGGAAUUCUCAGCAACUCGGCAACUGCAGCUUCUGUGUUUCUUCUUGUUUUUUGUGUUAUACCUGGCAAUCACAAUAGCAAAUCUACUCAUUGUCUGUGCCAUAGCCUUUGAACAGGAACUGCAUAGACCUAUGUACUUUUUUCUGAUGAAUUUAGCACUGCAGGAUGUAGGCUCUGUUUCUGUUAUUGUUCCCAAAUCCAUGCUGAAUUCCCUUAUAGGUAUCAGAUACAUUUCUUACUUUGGUUGUGUUGUUCAGGUUUUUCUCUUUAUCUCUUUUCUGGGUUCUAAUGUAUCCCUUCUGACAGUCAUGGCAUAUGAUCGGUAUGUUGCCAUUUGCCAUCCAUUGCACUAUGAGAAGGUUAUGAAUUGGAAAGCCUGCACUGAAAUGAUGAUUCUGGUUUGGGUUACCAGUCUUCUUUAUGGAAUGUUGCAUACCACUGGAACCUUUUCAAUCCUUUUUUGUUCUAACGUCAACCAAUUCUUUUGUGAAGUUCCACAAUUGCUAAAACUAUCAUGCUCUGGUUUCAAUCUAGUUGAAGUUGGAAUUAUUGUGGCCAGUGUAAUUGCAGGAUUAGGCUGUUGUACUUUUAUAAUUGUAUCUUAUGCCAUGAUCUUCAAUGCAAUGCAAAGAAUUCCUUCUGAACAUGGAAGGCAAAAAGCCUUAUCAACUUGUAUUCCCCACCUUAUAGUAGUGUUUAUGUUUUUCUUAAAUGGAUUUUUUGCCUACCUGAGACCUCAGUCUAACACCCCAUCUUACUUAGAUUUUGGGCUAACUGUUAUGUAUUCGCUUCUUCCACCACUGUUCAAUCCAAUCAUCUAUAGCAUGAGAAAUAAGAAUAUCAAAUAUAUUCUUUCUAAACUAUGCAGAUUCUACACUUCCAGUGAAAAGAUGGCCAACUGA